AUGUACUGGAAGCAUGAGAACGCCGCCCCGGCGCUGCCCGAGGGCUGCCGGUUGCCGGCCGAGGGCGGCCCCGCCGCCGACCAGGUGAUGGCCCAGCCAGGGUCCGGCUGCAAAGCGACCACCCGCUGCCUUGAAGGGACCGCGCCACCCGCCAUGGCUCAGUCGGACUCUGAGGCCCUGGCCGGCGCUCUGGACAAGGACGAGGGCCGGGCCUCUCCCUGUACGCCCAGCACGCCUUCCGUCUGCUCACCUCCCUCUGCCGCCUCCUCCGUGCCGUCCGCCGGCAAGAACAUAUGCUCCAGCUGUGGCCUGGAGAUCCUGGACCGCUAUCUGCUCAAGGUCAACAACCUCAUCUGGCACGUGCGCUGCCUCGAGUGCUCCGUGUGUCGCACGUCGCUGAGGCAGCAGAACAGCUGCUACAUCAAGAACAAGGAAAUCUUCUGCAAGAUGGACUACUUCAGCCGAUUUGGGACCAAGUGCGCUCGGUGCGGCCGACAGAUCUACGCCAGCGACUGGGUCCGGCGGGCGCGCGGCAAUGCCUACCACCUGGCCUGUUUCGCCUGCUUCUCGUGCAAGCGCCAGCUAUCCACAGGCGAGGAGUUUGGCCUGGUCGAGGAGAAGGUGCUCUGCCGUAUUCACUACGACACCAUGAUCGAGAACCUCAAGAGGGCCGCGGAGAACGGGAACGGCCUCACGCUGGAGGGGGCAGUGCCCUCCGAACAGGACAGUCAGCCCAAGCCAGCUAAGCGCGCCCGGACGUCGUUCACCGCCGAGCAGUUGCAGGUUAUGCAGGCGCAGUUCGCGCAGGACAACAACCCCGACGCGCAGACGCUGCAGAAGCUUGCGGACAUGACGGGCCUCAGCCGAAGGGUCAUCCAGGUGUGGUUUCAAAACUGCCGAGCGCGUCAUAAAAAGCAUACACCGCAGCAUCCCGUGCCGCCCUCCGGGGCGCCGCCGUCCCGCCUCCCCUCCGCCCUGUCCGACGACAUCCACUACUCCCCGUUCAGCAGCCCCGAGCGGGCCCGCAUGGUCACCCUGCACGGCUACAUCGAGAGUCAGGUACAGUGUGGGCAGGUGCACUGCCGGCUGCCUUACACCGCGCCCCCAGUCCACCUCAAAGCCGAUAUGGAUGGACCACUCUCCAACCGGGGGGAGAAGGUCAUCCUUUUUCAGUACUGACACUGCCGGCACUUCCGCAUCUGUCCAUGGGCGACCUGCAGCUGUCCCUUAGCCGCUGAAACUUGGAGUCUGAGCCGCUGCCAGGGAUCACCCGCUCCGCAUCCACCCCUCAUCUGCCAUCCUGCCCGCCGCCAGCUGGGCCCCUGGGCCUGGCCUCCCUGUCUCCUGCUGAGAACCAGAACCCACCAGGAGCACUGCGGAGCCCUCCUCCAGGAAAGCAGAGCUCCCUGAUACUUGGAGCCAGGGUGAAAACAGCCUGUGUUUCCCAUUUAGACAGGAGUCGUCCUCUUCAACUUAAGCUGAUCACAAUAGCAAAAGGCCGAAUUGAAUUGCGUGACGCCAACAGCCUUCCAAUUUACAGGUUUUCUUUCCUCCCGUGUUGGCCUUUGCUACUUCCUUGGAACCAUCUCCAAAUUCUGAAUAGUCAACAACCCCCAGUGUUAUCCGCUCUUGCUUUUGUCUGGAAGAUUCUACAGUGUUUGUGGGAUGUCCCCAAAGGAAAGCUAUGUUCUAAUUUUAUCAUUUCCAUCUGUCUGGUUAUGUCAAGUUAAUUCAGAGAGAGAAGAGACACUGACCAACCCUGAGAGGCCCAACAGGGCAAAGAUGGAGGCCUGCCCAGACCAAGAGGCAGUGGGAUAGGCAGGGGCUGGGGUGGGGGUGGACAAAGACCUCCAUUAGUUU